AUGCCCCCUCAUCAUAGUGCUGAACUCAGAGCCACACAUGCUGAUUUUUCUGACGCUGUGGACAAGUAUAUUGCGUCUUACCUCAGUACCUUGCAUAGUGCCAUGGUCAUGAGCGCACUCCUCGCCUUCGUCUCGACUGUAUUCUUCGUCGACAUACAAUCUCAGAUUUCGGCAACACCCACUCGCCUCGCCUCACUUGGCUCUCACAAAAUAGAUGCGCUCCAGGCCCUUACCUACCUCGCAAUCAUCUGCAAUUGCAACGCCGCAAUACUUUCCUUUCUCUUAUCAGAUCGGCUCUCAACACCUCCACUGGCUUUUAGUCAAUCGAUUGUUGAUUCGACAGACUCAGAGGAAACAACAUACGACGUUUACGCGGUAUUAAAGAAACGAAUCCCAUGGAGGCUUUGGAGGCUAUUCUGUAUGUUGAUUGGUGUCCUGAGUGUCAUCGUCGAAUUUGCACUCUAUGUAUGGCUGCAGGAGAACCACAAGGCAAUCAAAAUCACGGUAACGACCUUUGCUUCUGUCGGGUCGCUCCCACUCUUAAUCUUCAUUUCUGAGAAGCUGACGAGUUUACGCAAGCAUGACUACGCUCUGUAA